AACAUAAUGGCCGAAAGCUCAUUUUCAGCGAACGCAUGCAAAAUGACACGAUACUAUCUUCAUCUCAUAUAGAUGACACGUAUGCUGCAUAAUACACCUGCAUGCGUUUAUCCUUAUCUCUCCCUAUGACACUCCACUUCAUCAUCUUCCCAUGGAGGAACACCGAGAAGAAGGGUUUCUUUUGCCCACACCACUAGCAAAACUACUAUCCUUUCAAACCGAUUUGGUCUACAAUGGCCUGGUGUCGGUCUUUUCCCCUUUCUUCCCUCUUUUUGCCGUGGCUUCACAGUCCUACCACCGAGCUGAGGAGACCACAGACAGUGUUGAAUCAGCAGUGCAACGUGUUCCUUCUCGAAUCACUCACGGUGGCACACUCUUGCUGAAGAAGCUGGGACUUUGCUUGCUCAGCGUUGCGUAUGUCUGCAUGAUUUUGAUUUUCUUCCUUUUUCUGGCUACUAUGGUGGGUGUUGGCCUGGUUCGGUUCUGGGUGGAGGAACCCGUUUCUGUCAAGGAAAAAUUGCAUUUUGAUUACACCGAACCUCACCCAACAGCUUUGUUUUCAUUCAAUGGAUUCACAAGCUUUAAGGGUCACCUAAGGAAAAAGCAAAUCAGUGUCCCAGUUGGUCACACAUUUUUCGCUUCUCUGGUCCUCGUGAUGCCUGAAUCUGACUUCAACAGGGAGCUUGGCGUGUUUCAGUUGACUGCAGAACUAGUAUCUGUGAAUGGACACGUGCUAGCAAAAUCUAGCCAGCCAUGCAUGUUGCGGUUCAGAAGCUCACCGAUUCGACUAGCCAGAACCUUUCUGAUGGGCGUGCCUCUGGUAAUGGGAAUCUCAGGGGAGACUCAGAAGAUCAAUGUAGAAAUACUGAGACACAAAGAAGAUCACAGAAGAAGCAAUGCUAUCAGAUUAACUUUGCAUCCAAGAGCAGGAACAUCAAAUCUUCCGGAGCUUUACGAAGCUGAAAUUUUGAUGAGAUCCAAUUUACCUUGGACUAAAGAGUUGGUUCGAAAUUGGAAGUGGACAUUUUAUGUUUGGGUGUCCUUGUAUGUGUACAUUGGUCUUCUUAUGAGUCUGGUAUGUUGUUACAGGCCAGUUCUUUUUCUGGUGACACCACAGCAGUGUUCCAAUGAAGCUGCAAGUGGAGAAGCAGGAGAUGGAAAUGAGGUUUGUGAUUUGUUGAGGGAAUGGAGAAGAAGCAGAGGCAAGAGAAAAAGAAGGGUUGCAGAAAGUGUUGUUGGUUCAUCAGCCUCUGGCAUUAGCAUGAGUAGCAGAGAAGAUGCAACAAGUGUGUCUGUGGAAGAUGAUGUUGAGGAUUCUGAAUCAGUGUGCCUGGGUUAGAAAUACAGGGAUAUGCUAACUUCAUCUUCACUCACUUUUUUACAUUAUGGUUGAUUAUAGCUUUGUCAACUUUUUUAAUGUUUCAACAUCUUUUCUGUUUGAAUUGGAAAAUGAGAAUGAAAACUACUGCUAAUUUUCUGCUUUUUAUAAAGGAAAAUGUUAUUUUCACAUUAGUUUUUGA